AUGAGUUACGAGUACGUUAUAGCCACGGUUUCCGAUAGGGAACUAGUUUGCGAAGCCUUAGCCAACUAUUUCUACCCUGAAGAACCAGUUACCUUAGCCCAUCGGGAUGGUCCCGACGUCACAGUGGACGACAUGGAAAGUGCCCUUUCUCUGCUGGACCAGGGUACCAUAAUUCUGGCACGCGCAACUAUAACCCGCGAAUUAGUGGGGCUUGCGAUUGGAAGACCUCCAACGGGCGUCAUCGCGACAAGUAUCACCACACGAAAGUUUGCCGAUAUAACAGCAUUUCUAAAGUGUCUAAGUGCACGUGCUUCCGGUAACGAGAGUUCUUCCUCGUACCUUGUUACCAUGCUGGCAGUACAUCCUGCUCACCGUGGCCAUUCGAUCGGUCGUCGUUUGAUGGAGGAACAGAUCCGAUUGGUUCGUGCCCGUUGGCCAUCAACACAAAGUGUCACCGUGGAAGCAACAAGUGCCACCUCUUUGCGACUUAUGAAACGGAUUGGAAUGUGUGAAACGGCACGGUUAAGCUUUGCGGAGUAUAGAGACAAUGUUGGCGAGCAAAUGUUUCUUGGAACAGGUGCAGUGAUUCGGUUGGAGAUGAAACUGUGA